CACUUCUUCUUGCCCUUCUUUGAUUUCUUACUUCCCUUCUUGCUCUUGCCCUUCUUCUUCUUUCCUUUAUCCUUCUUUCCCUUUUUCUUGGCCAAAGCUACUCCUUUUUCCAACCCUUUCUUAUCUCCCGAUGGCUUAUCUGAAUCGGAAUCUUUCUUUGCAGAAUCACUGUCUGGCUUUUUGUCACUUUCCUCCUUCUUGUCUCCAGCAUCCUUCUUUUCUUCCUCCUUCUUCUCUCCUUCUUCCUUCUUUUCACCCUCUUCCUUCUUUUCACCUUCGUUUACUUGCGAGGCUGCCGAUUUCGCUCCUGCAUCAGGAGCGCCGGGAGCCCCUGAAGCAGGCCCUCCUUCAGGUGGAGGUGCUCCGGGUGCUCCUCCCUCUGGAGUUGGAGUACCCGAAGAUGAUGCAGGUGCUCCUUCCCCUUCACCUUCUUCACCUCCUUCUUCUUCGUCGUCUUUCUUCCCACAAGUCGUUAACAUAUACAUAAAGCAUGCCCAUUGUAGAAUGAAAUAA